AUGAUUGAUUCACCUGUUGCGGCAGAUUCUAUUACCAACAAACAGGCAACACAAGAAGCUUCAAUCUACCAUACCUGUCGUUCUGUAUUGAACGCUCUGGGCUAUGUCAAAGGAUUCGAGAAAUAUUUGGAAGAGACAGACCAGGAAGAGGAGUUUGCUGAUACAACAAUGGCCAGCGAUCCGUUAACAAAAUUAUGGAAUGUCUGUAAACCAGGCAGAAGUCUAUGUUUUUUAUUUAAUGUAUUGAGACCUGAUACACCUAUUAUUGUCAAUCCAGCGACACCAAAUCAAACAAAAGCCCACAUCUAUCACUUCAUUAUUGCUUGCAGAAAUCAACUUCACUUUCCUGAAGAAAGCCUGUUUACUGUCACUGAAUUAAGUCAAAAUGAUACCAAUGGAUUUGUCAAGGUAGUCAAUACAGUAAAACGUAUCUUGGAACUAUUAAUAGAACAAGGUGUUAUACCUGAACAUGCAUUAACCGAAGUAGAGACAAGCAAUGAAUCUCCAAAGGAUCAGCGAGAUAAUGUUGUCUACGAACUUGUAUCAACUGAAAGAAAAUAUAUUCAAGAUCUUGAAGCUCUUCAGAAUUAUAUGAGAGAAGUGCAGGCACAAGAGAUACUCUCGCCCGAUACGAUGCAUUUUUUAUUUGGCAACUUGAAUGCACUUGUCGACUUUCAGAGAAGAUUUUUGGUUCAAGUAGAAGCACAUGCUGCUCGUCCUCCAAAAGAACAGAGAUUCGGUCAUUUAUUUAUUCAGUUUGAAGAAGGAUUUACAGUCUACGAACCAUUCUGUGCCAAUUUUCAAAUUGCACAAGAUUUGGUCAUACAAGAAGCUCAUAAAUUACAAAAGUUAGCAAAUAUCAUGUCACCGACCUAUGAGCUACCAGCCAUGUUGAUCAAACCGAUUCAAAGAGUAUGUAAAUAUCCGCUCCUAUUACAGCAGUUAAUCAAAUCCACACCAGACGACUGGCCUUACUCGGAAGAAAACAAGGAGGGUCUAGAGGCUAUUCAGAGAGUGACCAAGAAGGUGAACGAGACAAAGAGAAUUCAAGAAAAUUCAUUGGUCGUUGAAGAUCUGAAAAAGAAAAUCGUUGUCGAAGAUGGAAGUGAAUGUCUGCUGGAUAAAUAUGGUCAACUUUUGUUACACGAUAAAUUAAUAUUGCAGAAAGCGGAUUCAGAUCACGUUAAAGAAAUGGUUGUCUUCUUGUUCGAAAAAGUCAUCUUACUUUGUAAGGAAGUCAAGGAUACCAAUAAGAAUUCAAUCUCUAUAAAGAAAAAACGAAAGGAGGGUACAUUGAUCGUCAGAGGCAAGAUUUUGAUGUCUAGAAUUGAACAUGUGAAGGGUUCAUCAGCACAGACGGGCCUUUAUAUUUUACAUGUAUCUUGGACUGAAAAGGAUGUGGGUCAGACAGUGUUAUUAAAAUGUCGUAACGAUGAACAGCUACGGCAAUGGUUAAACGUUAUCGUUGGAAUCAAGGAAUCAACAUCUAAAAUUGAUAUUUUACCAAAUACACCACAAACACCACUGACAGAACUCAAUCCAUUACAGGAUUACUAUGAUGACGAUGAGGAUGACUAUUAUAAUCACAAUACCAACCAUCCAGAACAACAAGAUGAUGAUCAUCAGCCCAUGGAUGGCAGCUAUCCAUACCUGCGGAACAGAUCCUACAGCUAUCAAUAUAACCGUAUGCCUCAUCAUCUACCUCAUGAGCAUAUGGCCAGAAAACAGAGUCUAGGAAACCUAUCGAGUAGUAAUAAUCUUCCACCACGCCACUUUAUGAAUGGUAUUCCUGGCAUGACCUUACCACCAUUACCUCGGUCCCCAACACAUCCAUCCAUAUCCAAUGCAAGCACAUCAUCAUCAUCAUUAUCCUCAUCGACAACGAGCACAGAUAUGUAUGUUAGUCAUUCAUUGCCUUAUUCACCACCAACAAGUCAUCCUUCUUCUCCCAAUAAUCACACCCCAUCUGGUGCACUUUGGCAAAGAAGACAACAACAACAGCAGCAACAAGAAUCAAAAGACGAACCAGUGUAUAUCAGGAGUAGAACUUCAAGUAAUACUAGACCAAGAAAUAAUAGCAUUAACAGUAGCGUAGAACUACUAUCCAUUUCUUCUAAUAUAUCAACAACACCGAGCAGUAAACGAAAUAGCAAUUCAAAUCAAGAGAUACCAGAAAACUAUAUCAAAAUUAAAACACAUUACAACGGAUCGAUCUACGUCGUGGUCGUGCCUUUGACUAUUGAGUUUGGAGAACUAAAGCAAAAGAUUGAAAACAAGCUACGAUUAUGUAUUCAAGAAUCAGCCAUUUCAGUAUCCGUUUUAAAAUAUGAAGAUGAAGAUGGUGAUCUCGUCACUAUGAAUUCAACCGACGAUGUUCAAAUGGGCUUUGAAACUAAAGGUCCAAAUAAUGUAGUUAAUUUUCAUGUUACAGCUGUUUGUUAA